AUGUAAUGUUAAUAGAUUAUGAAAUAAUCAUUGUUUUUUUGUAUUUCUUUUAUAUUUUUUAUUUCAAGUUUAACGCCAUAUUAGAUUGAGAUAUUUAUAUAGUAUACUCUUCAUACGUUAAUCUAUCAACAUAAAAAAAAUCACAAUCUAAUUCCGCGUUAUUCAAAAGUUAUUGGAUUUUUUUUUAUUUUGGUUAGUUAAUAAAAAUAUUGCCUUUCGUAAAUUACAAAGAAAAAUGACCAUGGUUAAAAUUAACUGUUAAUAAAUUAGGUACAUGAAAUAAAAAAGUAUAAAUUUAGAAAAUGUGUAAUGCGUUGAACGGAACCUCUGCCUAUAGAGAUUGACACUACCUACUCCACUCUAAUCGACAAAAAAUAGAUAAAUCGAUAAUCGAUUAAUAUUAGUAGGAAAAAAAAUCGAAAAUUGGCAGUCCGAUUGCACUUUCUUUGCCAACUGAUUCGAUAUUAUAAAAAAUCGAAAUUUCGUUAGGUCAUAUCACUGUAAUUGUCAGACAAGAACUGACAGGGAACUCAUCGUUGGACGAAAACACUUCCCUUCCCUGCCCUUGCAGUACACCUAUGUACAUAUAUCGCAACUGUGCGAUGCAAACAUGCGACAUUUCAUAUUCAAAGUAAUUACAAUGUAAUUAAAUACCAUGUAAUUAUGUUACUUUGUAAUCAAAUACAUUGUAAUUAAUUUCAUAGCACAUCCAAAGUAAUCUAAUUACAAUGUAAUUAAAUUAUUAUGUAAUUCAAUCAAUUAUUAAUUAGAUUACAUAAGUAACUAGUUACGCCCAUCACUGGGCUGAAAUAAGGGGAGCAAAAAUUCUAAUGUAAGUAACUGACGCAUAAAACAUUUCUGAGUAAAACAUAUUUGUUUGUUCUUAUUAAAACCUAGGCCCAUUUUUUUCAGGUCUUCUCGAGACUCAUAUAUAGAUACUGCAGUGGGCUACGUCCAAGUUAGGAGGUCAGACCGCUGCCCCACAUUAGGAUUUUCUCCUGUGUCGUGCGUGCGUUUACAAACAUACAAGUUCACAUGCACAUGACACCCAGACCCGAAACAACAAUUUGUGGAUCACACAAAGAGUUUCCUCCGUGCGGGAAUCGAACCCGCUACCCGUUGCGCGGCAGCCAGUUGCCCAGCCACCGCACCAACCGUGCAGUCGAAAACUUUAUACUGUGACAUGUAAUAUAGAUGAGCAAAAUGAUGUCAUUGUAGAUUCAAUGUGUGAGGACUGUGCAGCUUCAGCUGGUGGUUACAAACACUCAAUGCUCCUUCUAUUCUGGCUGUCUAAAAAAAGUUCCGAACCAUCAUCAACAGCAGUUGAUUGCUAUUGGAGUAAGCCAGCAUUAUCUAGUACUAGCACAAGUCUAGUUACUAGUAAAGAUAUCUUUCCAAAAGUGAAAGUUCCUAAGCUGGCACCAAAAGACAGUACUAUCCUAACCGAGUUUCAAGAAGAGUGUAAACGUAGGAAUAUUGGGAACUCCCUUAUUUUAAAAUUUUGUGCUGGAAAUAAACCCAAUAUGAGGAAUAUUUUUGAUAUUAUGUUGCAGUUUGUCGAUGUAGAAAAUAAACAUGACUACUCAAAUUUUAAACAUUAUUUAGGAAAAAUUAUCAAUGAUGAAAUGAUACUAGAAAUCAAACAAAAAACCAUAGGGCAGUCUGACAGCAAGUAUUGACAUACUGUACACCAAGGAAGAUUGACUGCUUCUAAACUUUAUGAAGCUGCCCAAUGUAAAACAGAUGGAUCACUAGUAGAACAAAUAUUAGGCGGCUACAAGGUGCCAGAAACCAAAGCCAUACUACGAGGAAGAAAGUUUGAAAGCAGGGUCCUACAAGUUGUCCAAGAGAAAUUAGGCAUUCAUGUCCAAAAAUCAGGCUUUGUGCUUAUAAAUGUCAUCUUGAGGGCAUCUCCUGAUGACAUUGGUGAGGAUUUUGUCUUUGAAAUAAAAUGCCCAGCCUCAGAGAAAGCUGUUAAAACAUAUAUAAAAAAUAACAUAGUUCAAAAUAAAUAUAAGGCACAAAUAAUGUGCCAAAUGCUGGCUUGUAAAAAAUCCAGAGGAUUCUUCUGUGUUGCAGACCCCUUAUUCGAAACAACUCAAAAUAAUCAUGUGGUGUGCAUCGAUUUUGAUGAAGUGUACAUCAAUGCCAUUUUUGGAGUCAAUUUACACAGAGUGUGGUUUGAGUAGAGAAAACUCUCUUACACGUCUGAUGACUCUCUCAACAUGUACUCGUAAGCUUGCAAUGACUUUGUUUUGUAACACUUCCGAAGCUGUUAAUUUGGUACCAGAGUACACACUUGGUGGCCUCAAGAGUUUUAAUUGUGUUUCGAAAAAUUCUUAUUGUGUCUCGAAAAAUUCUGAUAAGUACAUUGUGAAUAUUGCUUUGUGAAUAAAACUAUAUUAUCUAUACUUAUAAUAAAUCUGUAGAGAGGUCAAUUCUGUACAUGAAAUAUAUUUCCAAAAUAACUAUCAGCGGGUGAUUAGUGAUCGAUACUGAUGCCAAAAAUGCAAUCAGAUUUUUUUUGUCUGUCUGUCUGUCUGUCUGUAUGUUCUUUAUAGAAACAAAAACCACUCGACAGAUUUCAACGAAACUUGGUACAAUUGUUCUUCAUACUCCUGGGCAGGUUAUAGUAUACUUUUCAUCACGGUACGAUCAAUAGGAGCAGAGCAGUGAAGGAAAAUGUUGGGAAAACAGGAGAACUUACUCCAUUUUUUAAGCUUCCGUCGCGUGUGCAGCCUUAAUGGUUAAAGCUACACAGAAAUAAUGUAUGACGGAAAUGUUCUCCUUAAAAUUGUUUAAAAAAUAUUCCACGACAGCAAAUGUCUAUCUUUUAUGGUUGACUCACGAUAACACAUAUAACUCCCGAUAGCUUAGCAUUUCGGAGCUUUCUGAUUAUAUUUGUCUACUCUUACGUUUAUAACACUCUCAUUCAUCCCUAUUAAAAAAAAUGUUAACAUUAUUACCUACCUAUUUAAUAAAAAAAAACAUGGAAAUCGGUACAGAAACACCAAAGAUAUACAUGAAUUAAGCUAAUAAGCCAUCGUGCGUGAAUACUGAAUCAUGCAAUAAGGAUUAUUUUUGUGUAAAGACGGCGGAUCCAAAUGCAGAAGACCGACAUCCGCGCGGACGGAGUCGCGGGCGAAAGCUAGUUAUUUAUAAAAUACAAAAUAAUGGGAGGUUUCGAUGUUGUGUGUAGUAAAAAAAUGGGUUCAAAGUAUGUGGCUAAUAUAUGACCGUUGUCGUUUUAGGGAACAGAGAGUAAAGUUCCCUAAGAAAAGGAGGAUCCUCCGACCAGGCGAGGUGAUCGUGCCUGGCGGGCUUUCUGCCCAACUGUUGUUCGUUGGGAUUUUCUAUCCGUCUUAAUUCGCAUGUAAACUUCGUAUGUGCGAUGCAGGAUAUUUAUGACGUCAUCCAUUGAUUUGCUCGUCGAUAGUCUAUGUGCGACUUCUGUCAUCUGUCACUUGUCAGAGUGUCGCCACACCGUGUUUAUGUCGCUCGCUAUUCUAAGUAAAGCUAUUUCGCUUCAUUGUACGAAAACGGAAACAAACCAUAUUGGGUGUAUAAGACCUGUGUCAAGUGUAAAGGAUAAUAAUGGAUGACAUUGAGGACGACAGUAAUAUAUCUAUGAGUGUAAGUGUUUCGGAUAAUAAUGAGACGCAAGAUCCCUUAUCGCCCUUGCCAUCAACUAGCACUGCCGAUGACGCCGCCGCCACUGACUCAUCGCGUCAAUUGCGGCUUCUUUUACUUGACGGUACAUAUUUUAAGCACUUGCCUGAAGAAUCAUCAGGCAACAAAAUCACAGCUUUGUGCAUGAAAUGUCCUGAAGAUAUAAUGACAAAAGUUAAAGGAUAUACCAAUUGUACAUCUAAUUUUCUAAGCCAUUUGAAAAGAAAGCAUGGACAACAAUGUAUCGAGGAGUACAAAACAUACGUAAAGAAAAAAAAAAUAAAUGAAAAAGAAAAAACUGAAAAUAUUGCCAAAACUAAAGUAAGCAAAAUAAAGAAAUCUGAUAAAAAUAAGCCGACCCAAGAUCAGUUCGACGAAAAUGUUUUGAAAUAUUUUAUCCAUUCUAUGAUUCCAUUACGUGCAAUAGAAGACCCAUACUUUUUAAAGAUUUUUUCGGACUUCUGAAAUGGACAUCACACUUAUGAGUCGACGUACUCUAGGGCGACGCAUAUCAAAUUACUACGAAAAACAAGUGACGACAAUCAAAAACCGAACUAAGUGAAGUGGAGUAUGUAUGCACAACAUUGGAUAUUUGGUCUAGUAAGAAAAGAAGUUUCAUUGGCGUCACAGUGCACUGGAUCAAAGACGACUUGCGCAGAGCUUCAGUGGCGUUAGCCUGUCAGAGAUUUAAAGGCAUCCACAGUUACGAUCGUUUAUCGGAAAUCAUACAAGAAAUAAAUGCAGAUUACAAUCUAAACUCAAACAAAAUUGUUGCAUCGGUGACCGAUAAAUUUUGUAAAAGCAUUUCAAAUAUUUUUGUUUCGACGUUGAGACGAUGUACAAAGUAGACGUGUCGCAUAAAUAUUCUUUAAAAUAUAAAACUUACGGUAAUCAAACUUGUGCCUAAAUAACACUUACUAAAGUAUCAAAAUAAAGUGUCCCGCAUACAAGUGCUUACGACGCUAUUCUCCUAAGAAUACUACCAACGUCAACGAUACACCGGCGCGUGAGUAGCUCUUCACCCCCGCAAGAAAGAGACAGGCUCUUAACUUCGUUUAGUUCGAUCGACGUAGCGAGUGCCCGAUACAAAGAUACCAUGAAUAAAGUACGCUCACCAACUAGAAGUGGCCCUGGCGUCGGACGUAGUGACUCGCAACCAAAUUUACUAUCAGGCGUUUCACAACCCGAAUUCUCAGACACUUCGACAGUAACCCAUCGUAAUAAUAAACGGAAACAACUUGAUGAUAAUGAAUACAUUCGAACGGAAUUCAGUGAAAUGCGCAAGCAAAUGUCUGAAAUGAUGACAAUGCUAAAAAAUCUCACCACUACGCAAAAUGAAUUUACAAAAAAAUCACAAAAGACAUAACAACUAUAAAAGAGCGAAUCGAUGGUAUUAAAUCCACUACCGACAACCUCACCAUUGAACAAAAUAAUAUCAAAUCUGAUGUCAUGUCGCUACGGAAUGCAAAUGAAAUAGCAGAGAAAAAGAUUAAUGAGAUAAGUCAUACAGUACAGCUAUUAAAAUCAGAGCAAGCACAAGCAUUUUCAUCAAAUGAAACCCAGGAAGACAUCAUAGCAGAAAUCAACGAACGUGAACUCCGAAGCAAAAAUAUUGUUAUUAGCGGUAUUCCGGAAUCCACAUCCUUGAACAAAGACCAACGCAUAAGCAUGGAUAAACAGGAAGUAGUAAAUUUACUAAAAUCAAUCGAUAAUGAUUAUCCCGAGCCAGAAAAGAUCAUGCGAUUGGGAAAAUAUGACAUAAACAAAACACGCCUAAUAAAAGCAUACUUCAAAUCGCAUGAAAUUGCAAAGUCCAUUCUACGAAACCAAAACAACUCUAAGCGAGAUAAUAUUAAAAUCUACUCUGAUCAGACUCCAAAACAGCGUACGUUUCUGCAAAAUCUUAAAGAGGAACUUAACCGACGUUCACUCAUUGAACACAAAGAUCUCACUAUAAAAUACAUAAACGGCAUACCGAAAAUUAUGGAGAAACCAUCAAAAAACUAAAUACUACUACUACAAGCAAAGUCACUGACCCUAAUGAAGAAAAAAUAACCUAUCAAGUCGUCGAUAACUAUGAUAGCAUUACCACCUCAAGCAAAUCCUUUAAAUUUCUCUAUGCCAACAUGCGAAGUAUUGUGAAACCUGGAAAAUUUGACGAAUUACAAUGCGUGAUAAAAGCUUUUCCAUCAUCUUUACACGCAUUAGUUCUAACGGAAACAUGGAUUAAGUCUGAUGAAGAAGGAAAACGAUUUCAAAUACCGGGAUACACACAUUAUUACAAUUACAGGACAGAUAAGAGAGGUGGAGGAGUUUCAAUUUUUAUAAAAAACAAUUUACAACAUACCCUGAGUGAAGAAAUCUGUCAAAAUUUCAACCAUUAUCUGUGGAUUCGUAUCGAAAAUUACUCUCUAGACAUAGGUGCUGUAUAUAGAAAACCUGACCAAUCAAAUGUCAAAACCUUCCUGGAUACCUACUCUCAACAGUUACAAACAAAAAAACGUGGGUUGGUUUUUGGCGACUUUAACUUCAACCUAUUAAAUACAGAACGUGCUACUAAUAUGUACAAAGAAGUGGUCCAAGAAAACGGUUAUGAAUUUUUAAACAAAAUAGAUGAAGACCACUGCACAAGAGAAUCAACAACAUCAAAGAGUAUUAUCGAUCAUAUCUGUUCUAAUCUUAAACAGAACAACUUCCAUAGUGUCAUUAUCGAUACACCUAUGUCAGACCAUAAACAAAUUUACCUAGAACUGAAACGUUACCGACCAGAACCUCUGAAGAAGAGACACUAUGAGGUUAUUAACUAUGAAGUACUUUAUAAAACCAUAUUGGAAUCACAAGACCAAAACCUCGACUGCGUGUAUGAUUUUCUGGAAGAAAAACUGAGAAAGAGUAUAGAAUCAAGCAAAGUUACCAAAACAAAAACAUUAAAUCCACCUCGGCAAGACUGGAUAAAUAAACAAAUCAUAGGUGAAAUAAACAAUAGAAAUACUUUAUGGAAUCAACACAAGAAAUACCCAAAAGACAAGCAAAUAAAAGACAUAUUUAUAAAAAAAAGAAAUGAAGUUUCAGAAUAUAUACAGGGUGUCCGGUGGCAGAAUUAGGAUUUAAAUUUCAAACUAUUUUCGAACCGUUAGCGGAGGGACGGAUGGGGUGGUCUCGUUCGAUUCGUCAUUCGUGCGGAUUCCUUAGCCACGAUGUCGCAGUGGACGGGUGAACAACGUGCGUUCGCAAUCGAAGCUUGUUUUAAAGCAAACGAUUCCUGUGCUAUUGCUCGUCGAAGAUUUUGUUCGCGGUACAAUAUCCGACGGUUACGUGAUGCGUCAAGCGAAGAUUUGAUUCGAUUGUGGGUGCGGAGGUUCAGAGCAACCAGUUCAGCAGCAAAUAAUCCGCGGCCGGCACCUAGUCGAAGGUCGAGGACUGAUGACAACAGCACUUGUCGCAAACAGUUUUCGUGAUAACCCGCGACAGUCCGUGCGUAAGAGAGCGGCUGCUCUAGGGCUCCCAAAAACGAUUGUGCACGAAAUAUUGAAAAAGGACCUUAAACUUCAUCCCUUUAAAAUUCAAAUUGUGCUAGCGCUUAAGCCUAGUGAUUACAAUUUGCGCAAAAGUUUCUGCGAAACAAUGUUGCAGCGAUUUCGUACGGUGAACACAAUCUUUUGAAGUAAUGAAGCCCAUUUUCAUUUAAAUGGAAGUGUAAAUAAACGGAACUGUCAUUUUUGGUCACCUAUAGGACAGAACCCACGAUUGAAACAUCAACAGCCACUUCACAGUCCCAAAGUGACGGUUUGGUGUGCAUUGUCAAGAAGAGGAAUAAUCGGACCCUAUUUUUUUGAAAAUCGUCAAGGACAAGUCAUUACUGUGACUGCCGUUUCUUAUCAGCGAAUGCUUACCGAUUUUUUUCUGCCAAAAUUAAGAGAACAUCCUGCCUACAGUUCACAGACAUGGUUCCAUCAAGAUGGCGCCACGCCUCACACUGCUAGAGAGACCAUGGCGCUUCUUCGUGAUUUGUUCCCUAACAAAUUAAUAAGUCGUUUUGCUGACAUCCCCUGGCCACCCAGGUCGCCGGAUCUUACCCCAUGGACUUUUUUCUGUGGGGGUACCUCAAAAGUAAAGUUUAUGAAACCACCCCACCGACCAUCUCAGCAUUAAAAGAAAAUAUCGUUCGCGAGGUUAAUGACAUCCCGACGGCCCUUCUUCAGCGAGUGGCGCGGAAUACCGAAGCCAGAUUCCAAGAGUGUGUCCGACGCGAUGGUCAACAUUUACACAAAAAAGAAAUUUACAAAUAAAAUCCGCAAUUCCCUUCUUUGUUAUAGUCAUUGAAAUAAAAAAAAAUAUUCUGCCGUUUUUUUAUUAUUUAAUUUUAAAAUCCUAAUUCUGCCACCGGACACCCUGUACA